UGUAAGAAAAAAAGAAAAGGCCCAUUCUCAAAUCUAACAAAGCGGAAGUCUUGAGCCCAUUCAUCCGACGGUCUAAAUCCCUUAUUGACCAAAGAAAGAAGUAAUCUGAGCCGUCGGAUUCAGCGUUUUAAGGGCUACGCAACAUAUGUCCGCUCUCCCUCUCUCGACUGGUCACGAAGACUCAAGAGUCAGUCAGCCACCACCACCGCCUCUCGCUCUCUGGGAAACAGCUUUUCGCUCUCCAACGGCGGUUUUCCGAUUUGCCCUAGAUCGCCUCUGCUCUGCUCCUUCCGAUCCGCUGUCUUCUUCCUAGGGUUGAAUUGAGGUUCGUGUGCUGGUAAUGGCUGGCGAGAAGAAAAUCGAAAGCUCUGAGCCUGUGGUUACAUUGUUGAAAUCGGAUCCAGUUACUGCUGUGGCUGAGCAAGACGCGGCUAAAGGGAAAGAUGGAGUACCAUCUAAUUUGAUCACCGCCAUAUCUACAUCAAAGGAUGUCACCCCUAGCAUCAAAGGUACGACUGAUCAAGGGUCAGUUGGAGAGCAUGGUGUAUACGGUCCUCCUUACAAUUAUUAUCUUCCAGGAUACAAUGGAUCUUUUGCUCAGGUGGAUGAUCACGGUUAUUUUCAUGCUAAUGGAUCUAAUACGGGUUUGCAAUCAGAUAAUGGUUCAUUGGUCUUUUACUACCCAUAUACAUCAGGGCCCAUUAUGGGAGUUGAUGGACAAGGUAUUGGUCAGCAACAAUAUUUUUCGUCGUCAGGAUAUCAUCAACCACCUGUUUCUUACGGUUCAGAAGCCAUGUCUUGCUAUUCAUGGGACCCUACAUUUGGUAAGGAGGUUCCUAAUGGAGCAAGUGGUGGUUUUCCAAAUGCGAAGUCCGGUCUGCGGUCCACUGGUCUAGCAAGAUCGAAUGCCUUUAAUUCUACAAAAUCUAAUGGCAGUAUCACAAGCAAAUUCUCCAAGCCUCUUCUUCCUACGCAACCUGUCAAAUCAUUGAAUAAGGUGCCUCAUUUAGGUUCUGAUUUCUCAACUGCUGCCGGCCUUUUGAAGGGAUACCCCCAACCCCAAGUUGGAAGGUUUGCGUCAUUUAGUAAUCAGAAACAAGGCGUGUUCCCGUAUACUGGUUUCUCAAAUUAUAAGCAAUAUGGGCGAAUAUGGAGUGGAAACGAUAGGUUUAAGUCUAAGGACAAAAGUAGCAUAAAUUUUGAAGCCUCCGCCGAACUAACUCGUGGUCCAAGGUCCCGCAACAAGGAUCUUUUGGAUUCUUCUUCUGAGAAGGAGGAACUGGGAUUAGCAGUCCGGAGGGAUCAAUAUAAUCUUCCUGAUUUCCAAACUGAUAAUGUAAAUGCAAAGUUUUAUGUCAUCAAGUCCUACAGCGAAGAUGACGUUCACAAGUCUAUUAAGUACGACGUUUGGGCUAGUACCCCAAAUGGGAAUAAGAAACUAGACUCAUCAUUCCAUGAUGCAGAAGCUAAAUCCAGUGAGAUGGGCAAAAAUUGUCCAAUCUUCCUAUUCUUUUCUGUAAAUGGGAGUGGACAGUUUGUUGGCAUAGCAGAGAUGAUUGGGCAGGUAGAUUUUAACAAGGACAUGGACUUCUGGCAAGUUGACAAAUGGAGUGGGUUCUUCCCCGUUAGAUGGCAUAUCGUUAAAGAUGUACCAAACACUCAGUUGCGUCACAUUAUCCUUGAAAACAAUGACAACAAACCUGUAACUUUUACCCGUGAUACCCAAGAGAUUGGACUAAAGCAAGGUCUGGAAAUGUUGAACAUAUUCAAGAGUUACACAGCAAAAACAACCCUCUUAGAUGAUUUUAAUUUUUACGAAAGCCGAGAACAGUCUCUUCAGGCGAAAAGGAGCAGCAAGCCCGCUACUUUGAAGAUGGAAGGCAUUUACAAUGAGAAUGACUUCACGAAGCGUGGAAAUGAAGUUGAAUCUGGUGGGGCCAAGAUGACAUCUGAUCGCGCAUCGUCUCUCAUCAAUCUCACAAAAAAUCUCUCCCUCAGCGCCAACGCUUGAACUCUCAAGAGCGGGUGCACAGACAGUUUCUAUAGUUUAGUGAAAACUUAAUAGGCCUGCUGGUUUUCCUUUUUGAUAUGUGCGUUCUUCCCCUCCCCCCCCCCCCC